GCGCAUGCGCGCGCCAGGCUGUGACGCCAGUUCCGGCCGUGGCAAACUUGGACUUGUCGCCGAUCCCGCUCUGCGCCCGCAGCCCGCCCGCCCGCCGGCUCCGCGCCCACGGCAGCGAUGCACACACCGCCCAGCGCCGGGUAUAUUGUCACAUGGCCAUAUGGAGAGAAAGGACUUUAAUACAUGGCUUGAAUCUCUCUCCGGCGUUUUUAUCACACUGACAGAUGCCCAGAAGAAUGAGUCUUUGGACCACCUGAUCAGCUUGAGUGGGGCCGUCCAGCUGAGACACCUCUCCAAUAAUCUAGAGACGCUUCUGAAAAGAGACUUCCUCAAACUCCUUCCACUGGAGCUUAGUUUUUAUCUGUUGAAGUGGCUUGAUCCUCCAACCCUACUCAAUUGCUGCCUGGUCUGUAAGCAGUGGAAUAAAGUGAUAAGCAUCUGUACUGAAGUGUGGCAGGAAGCCUGUCGGAGCUUAGGGUGGCAGAUCGAUGAUACCAUUGAGGACACGCUACACUGGAAGAGGAUCUACCUGAAGGCGGUGAGGAGGAUCAAGCAAUUACAGGACAAAGAAGCUUUUGAGACGUCCUCCUUAAUUGGCCACAGUGCCAGAGUGUACGCUCUCUAUUAUAAAGAUGGACUGUUGUGUACAGGGUCUGACGAUCUCUCUGCCAAACUCUGGGACGUUUGUACUGGUCAGUGUAUUUAUGGGAUCCAGACGCACACUUGUGCUGCAGUAAAGUUCGACGAACAGAAGCUGGUUACAGGAUCGUUUGACAACACAAUAGCCUGUUGGGACUGGAGCUCAGGAGCAAAAACCCACAACUUCCGAGGCCAUACAGGGGCAGUUUUCAGUGUUGAUUAUAGUGACGAGCUGGAUACACUGGUCAGUGGUUCUGCAGAUUUCACUGUGAAGGUAUGGUCGUUAUCCACGGGAAUAUGCCUGAAUACACUCACUGAACACACUGAAUGGGUGACCAAGGUAGUUUUACAAGUCAGCCAUGUAGAAUCUGUGAUGCACAAACCAGGAGACUAUAUUCUAUUAAGUGCUGAUAAAUAUGAAAUCAAGGUUUGGCCGAUUGGGAGAGAGGUCAACUGCAAGUGUUUGAAGACACUUGCCGUAUCGAACGACCGAAGCAUAUGUCUACAACCAAGAGUACAAUUUGAUGGCAAGCACAUUGUUUGUGCAUCUGAUUUAGGAUUGUAUCAGUGGGACUUUGCCAGCUACGAUAUUAUACGAGUCAUCCGAACCCCUGAUUCUACGAACCUUUCCCUACUGAGCCUGGGAGAAGUCUUUGCUCUGCUCUUUGACAGCCGUUACCUGUACAUAAUGGACCUAAGGACCGAGCGAGUGGUGGGCCGGUGGCCCCUGCCUGCGUACAGGAAGUCCAAGAGAGGCUCGAGCUUUCUGGCGGGGGAGACGGCCUGGCUGAGUGGACUGAACGGCAAGAAUGACUCCGGCUUGGUUUUUGCCACAAGCAUGCCGGAUCAUAGUAUUCAUUUGGUCCUGUGGAGGGAGAAUGGAUGAGAAGGCACGGCAGCCGAUGGCCGUGUACUGCUUGUGCUGCUGACGUUUGUGAGAAUGCAGAAUCUUUGCACCAACCAAAGACGCACAGACCAGGCAUUCUCCCCUGUACUGUACAGUUGAUUGCCUUUAUUUUUUUUUAAAAAGUCAAAUGAAACCAGCAUGUUUGAAAAUUAUUUUUACACAUUAAAUCUGUUUGCUUGCAUAUUGAUGUAUCGAUACAGGAAGGGAAGGAAAAAGAAUGUUAAAUUAAACAUGGCACUGUUUAUAAAUUUAUAAUGAGCCACGGGUUGAAGAUUAUGCUUGACAAGCACAUUUCAACAUAAUUAAUGUAUUGUUUGCAGUAUUUUGAACAUUCCCUGACUGCCUUCAUUUCUUCUGCACCUGAAAGUAUAGAACACAUUACUUUUUUAUAUAAAUAUUUCCAUUCUG